UAUAUGGACUGUGCAGGCCUGUUAUAUAUGACAUAGUGUUUUUAUAUAUUUUUUAUAUAUUUACUGUAUAAGAUGUGAAAACAUAAGAAAGCAUGUGAUGAGCAUGUGAGCUGGCAUUUAUUACUAACAAAAGACAACGAAUCAGCUUUAGUCAUGGAUAGGAAUUAAACUAAUUAAUGUUAGUCUGGUAUUUAAUAAAGUAAUGGACCAGCUAUUAAAUAUCAAAUAUACUUGGAUCCAGAUUAUUCCAGAAAAACACUUCAAUAACGCCCUAGUUCACGUCUAGUUAUCACUGCUGAGUAUGUAAGUCUAUAGACUGAAGGAGUAUGUAUUCAUUCGUGUUUACAAUACAUAAUAAAAGUAAUAAUGAUGAUUCGAAAUACUGGUUUGUACAAUCAGGUGUGUUUAAAUACCACUUUUACAUCAAAAAUCUAUUUCAAAAUAAAUAAAAUAACCCGAAUGCCAGUGAUUUACAUCCGGUCACGAAUACCAGUUUCAAAACAAGAGUCUACUGAAAGGAGGAAGUUUGGACUGUAAACAUUUACACACAUUCGAGUUUCUGUGCCAUUAAAAGGCGUCAAUAGAAGUUAUUUGGGGGAUUAAAAAAGUCGGUUUAUUGUAUACGGACACAGUGUAAACAGUAAACAUCUUGCAUAAUGUUUCAUUCGCAACUAAUGAUCCUUUUCGCGAUAAUACUCAUCUGCUUGGCGGAUGGGUCUAAAUUAAAGGUAAAACCCUCAUCAAAACCUGUGAGGUUGUUCACUGAUGAAGAGUUGAGAAGAUACGAUGGAAGUGAGGUCGGGCAGCCCAUUUACAUGGCCGUGAAAGGAGUCGUGUUUGACGUAACAUCUGGCAAACAAUUUUAUGGCAAGGGUGCCCCCUACAAUGCCCUUGUGGGCAAGGACUCAACCCGAGCUGUGGCUAAAAUGUCCCUUAAUCCUGAAGAUCUGACCCAUGAUACAACAAGCCUUACUAAGGAGGAGCUGGAUUCCCUUGAGAGUGUAUUCACUGGAACAUACAAAUCAAAGUACCCCAUAGUGGGUUACACACACAGACGCAUUCUCAAUGAAGAUGGCAGUCCAAACGAAGAUUUCAAACCAGAGGAUCAACCUCAUUUCACCAUCAGAAAUGAGCUUUGAAACCUAGAUAAACAGAUCAUUUACAUUGAUUCAGUAGUAAUUUUAAGAUCUUGCAUUGAUUAAUGCUAGCCGUCUUCACAUGGGAUAAGAUAACUGAGAAAUGCCUCUGUAACAAGAGUAAUUUUCUACUGAUUCAUCUGGUGUUUGUUUGUUUGUUUGUUUUAGUCUCAUCUCUGUAUGUCUUGGUGAUUAUUGUAUUUACUAAAGUUGUUGAAACAUUUUUA